UCUUAAUCCGACAAAACUCCAUGAUACGCCUAUGAUCAAUGUGGCUCCAGGCUCCGGUUCAGGAAGGCCAGAUCCUUCCCUUGAAAUAUCCGACUAUCACUAAAAUCCACCCAAGUCCAUUAACAUCCUGCAAUAUACACAUAAGUCUUCGUUUUCAGCGCCGCAGGCGAAAAUUGUGAGAAAUUUAGAAG